UUAACGUUGUAGGCAACAGCAUGUACGUAUUGUCACAAUAGUAAGUGAAUUGUCUUAUACUAGUCGUUCUUCUGCAUUUCAUAAUGUAGGGAAGGAUCAUAUUUCACGAAGUUAAUCUUAAGAGCCCAGCUAACAAUUCCUUCGGGCGUACUGCAGGAAAUUCGGAGUGAAAUCUUUGGGCGCAUUGCAGAAAGCACAACUGUUAUCCGCAAUCUCCCCUUAAUUUUUCUGUGUGCCCCCCGAAGUCACUGUCAGUUGGGAACUCAUCCAGGUGCAUUGACCUCGAGAAACAAGUGGACUAACAUUUGGUUUAAUCCAGUUUUCACAGCAUAGGCCAAGUUAAACUUUAAGCACCAGUGAAGUGUGACAGCAGCAGCGGUCCUGAAAUGUUCAGUGAACAAAAUGAAUUCGAAAAACUCAUUAAGACGUAUACUUCCAAAGAACAAUGUACGUGUAUCUACUGUUAGUCCGAAAAUGUCUACCUCUGGAUCCGAUUCGCUGGGCGGUAGUGUGCCUUCGUCUGUAUUUAGGACAGACGUCCCACGAAUAAAUCAGUGCACUUCAUUGGGUGUAAACACUGAAACAACACAACCGGAUGAUUCCAGUGAAAAUGAUAUCGUGCUUUAUGGAGAUGUUGAAUCAGGAAAUCAAGAAUUCAACCCUUUCAAAAGCUGCCGCGAACUAUAUGCCAAUACAAUAGUACCUCGUAAUCAUUUAAGAGCUACACACCAAAAGGUUUUGCUACCCUCGCACAGUAUUCCCCGAUUACCAAUUGUUUCUAAAACGCUUCCAUCUGGACCGUGUGACUCUGGCUUCGGCGUGAAUAAGGAAAGAAACCUACGUCCAACUGUCAAGUUUUUGCUUCGCAUAGGCUCGGCGCUUGUACGACACCAAUACGAAUCAGCAGCUGCAGAGAAGGCAAAUCCCUCUCCUGAACUACCAGCUCGUAAUCGACGUAAACGCCAACGUUCAGAGGAGAAUCAGAUGCAGUCAAAUAACAAAAAAUCUUUAGUUGCACCAGUUAACAUUUCUCAUCUAACAUGGAGACCGAAAAGUUAUCACGGUCGCUGGGAUGAGAUAUGGUAUUACUGUAUUAAUAACAAAUGUCCAUAUGUUCCUGCAUCUGCUAUGGAGUUACUAAGACAUCUAGAGCAAGGUCAUCAGGAAUUUGUUAAUAUUGAUCCGCUUGUUGUGCUUAGAGAAACACUCCGAGAAAGCAGUGAAAAUAAUGGCAGCAUGAUAAAUCCUGAAAUAGAUUAUGGUGACUACCUGAUGAGUCGUUUUUAUGUUCCCCUUCCAGUAAAUAUGUCCAACUCAUCUUUAAGUAUACCAGAAUACUCUUGUUCUGUAUGUGGUCGGAUUAGUGAGAGUCAGAGUGCAUUAAGUAUUCACCUUAAACGCACUCAUGCACAAUUGACUAUUGAGCGUAUAGAGAAUCCCAAAAUUAUGAUAUGCUCUGUAUGCGGUUCGCCCGUAGAAACUACCAAUUUAUUUCAAACUUCUUCACGUAGUCUAGAUUCGGAUAUUAUUUUACACGCUUCGUGUACACCAAACAGUUCAUAUCACAUCAGCUCUCCUUGGUCUGGAUGUGAUGCUCACGCAUUAGCCUGUCUUACGCUGAAUCCUUCAUUAUAUGCCAGAUUCAGUUUACCUUUUAAAGUUGUGCGUUUCCUGUAUAAAUUAAUACAACUGAUGAUGAUCACUCGAAUAAAAGAUUUUGGAAGUUGGAGCCUACAGUGUUAUACUGUAAAGUAUUGUGCACGCAUAUCAUCUCUUUACGGUGAAUUCAUCGAGCCAAAAAAAGUUAAACCCUUUAAUCCUUCUAAAAUGAGCAGGAUCCUAGAGCAAAUUGAUCAUAUAGAGUCAGUAUACCCUGGGACUCCAUUAACUUUCAUUCCAACACCAUGUAUUGCGUAUCCGAUUCAAGCUAACCAAAAUACUUCAGGGAGUGUUUUUAAUUUCUCAACUGUUUCCGUGUUACAAUCUCUGACGACACAAACAAGUUUUGCUUUGCCGGGUAGUGUUAAUCCUACAAAUUUGUGUGUAUUAACGACUCCAUGUGUUGGUCAUGUGCCAGAUUUUGUGUCCCAGUCAGUUACAUGUUCUAUAGCGCCACCGACCAUCUCAGUCAGUCAACCUGCUUCGAAUACAGAACAGUUACACUCUGAGCCUUCUCAACAAAUGUUCCCUACUUGUGUCACAGCUGCUAAACAGCCUAGUGUGUCACUACAUAGAAAAAGACAGACCCCAGUUACACCAUGUUCUUCUGUGUCAUCGAAUAAGGCGACUGUUGUGUCGUCCCUUCCGAAUCAUUCAAACAUUCCUAUUCAAUCGAAUUCCGCAGUGUCCGUUUCUACUCAUUUCACUUCACAGAAUUCAUCUCAACAGUCGCUUCCUGUUAGUUCAAGUGUAAAUACAGUACUUGUUCAACUGGGACCAAAUGAUCUAAUCAAGCGAAGUAUAAGACGCCGUGUACAAGUCCCAUGUGAAUUAUGCAAUGAAAUUAUUUCGACGAACAUCGCUGAUCAAUAUUACCAUAUUGUAUGUCAUCAUAACUCAGAAGAUGUAAAACAUUUUCCAAGUCAUCCGUGUGAAAUCUGUGGUCAGUUAUUUUGGACGAAGUCUGGCUUAGACAUUCAUCAGAGAGUUAACUGUUCCUUUUGCCGAAUUAAACUGUGUAGUUCAAUGUUUUUCGUUCAUGAAGUUGUUUGGCAUCCUGAACAUCUCGCUGAAUUGUUAACUGGAGAUGCGCACAGUUGUCCAGUGUGUUUUCUUCAGUGUGCAAAAACUGGGAAAUUAAUUGCUCAUAUACGGAGGAUACAUUUUUUCAAUGUUCCUAAGAAGAUAAAGGCUUUGCGCAAUUUAGAUGUGCCAAAACAUAAGAGAGACGAUGGUACUACGAAGGUUAAAGAAAAGGUGGCAUAUCUGUCAUCCUUGGAGUCUAGGCUGUUUUCGCGAUCUGUCUCAUCCCCUUCAUGUACAUUACCUAACAAUAUAACUGUUCACUACGAAUCGAUUGAAAAUCCAUACGUGAAAUGUUGCAUUUGCAGUUCCCACUUCAUUACAGUUGCUCAUUUAGAUAUGCAUAUGGCUCAGACUGAUCAUCUGUACUUGUGUCCAUUAUGCCCAUUUAAGUGUGACACAGUGAUUGACCUUCGGGAUCAUUGUGAUACAGCUCAUCCUUCAGAUGAAAUUUCUUCGAGUAAAUCUUAUCGGAUUGUUAAUCCUGUUCCAGCUGUUACAACGAGAUCUACUGUGAAACCUACACCAACUGCUGGUCGUACAGUUGUAGCUCCUACCGCUCGGGAAGAACAGCGUCGUGCCGACAAUAGACUUCAUCAGGUCGGCCUUUUUUACUUCUAUCACUUUUUUUUAUCGUAUAUUUUUUUUCAACAAUCACUGAGAUGCUAAUAACUAGUAAUGGUUAGUUGAUGUGGCUGUCAUCGACACGCAAAGGUUUACUGUGUUCUCUAUGUUGAUAAGUGACUCCUUGGAUUAAGCACUUGACUUACAGUCAGUGAGUCAUAAAUUCAAAGACAUGCACCGGGCAAAUUUUGAAAAGCCAGGUAGUUUUUUCAGGCUUUGUUUAAUAGGUUUGUUAGUACUACUUUUAGUGAUCAUAUUUAUAGUAGUGGGUGUUUCUGGCUUAUGGUUUUUUUUGUGAACUGUCCCAAUUUCUGUUUAAUUUCAUCAUAGAUGUACUAAUGAACUUAACGCCAACUGACUUCAGCGAUUCAGGCAUGGAUUGACCGAACAUUUUGGUAGAGUAGUUGGAUCAUUUCUUUAUUUUCAUUUAAGUCAGACUUAGUACAACAUGGACACUGACAGAGAUGUUCCGUAGACAGUAAAAUGAUAUGAGUAGAAGUGAAAUGAAGUAGUUGACGAAGAACAAGGAAAUACGAAGAAAGUGCGUAGCCAUGAUUAUCAAAGUGAUUGAUUGGUUUUGUAUUACUUCCCUGAGUGACCGGUUUAGAUAGAUGAUCUCUCGGAUCUCAUUAAGGGAGUCACGACUGACUCACGAACAGGUGCUAGCUAACCCAACACAACUUCCUCUCAUCCUACACAGCUCAUUUUGGUGUUUUGCAUCCAGUGUCAGUCAUUAAUGGUGUGGCGUGUGCUACUGAUAAGAUUUAUGACUUGUCAUAAAAAUAUCAAACAUCAGGAAGAUAGAUUUGAUGUCUGAGAAAGCGAAUGAUUCAGUGUUGCGGAGAAACACGUGAAAGAUAAAGAAAACACAAUAUGGAAGCCAGAAAGUAGCACAACACGGAAGAUAUGUGCAAAUGGUGUACAUAAUUUGGUUAAAUGACGAUACGAAGUCCCAAAUGAAAAUUCCUCUACCAAGUUUCUCGUCUUCUACCGUUUCAUUAUCAAGAAGUGAAUAGUAUAAAAGUUUGUUGGUAUGUCAGACCUCACGCCAAUGUAAGCCAUCAAGGCUAGUGCUUAUAAAUGGCAUCACUUUGUGAAAGACAAUCUCACGAUGUCAACAGACGCAGUCAGUACCCAAAAUUAUCUGCACACUGCAUAAUCUUCACUCCACAAAGCCUCGUCCAACUUCUCCACCACCAAAUAAGGAUAAUUAGACAAAGAGAUGGUCAGAAAUCUCUAACGAAUUAUAUAUAUAUAUAUAUAUACAUAUAUAUGCUUUUAGUCACUAUGUCUCAGAAUGAGGGCGUGACAAAUAGAA